CUUGGAGGGAAGUGCAACCAAAAAGGGGUUAGAUUCUUGAAGCCUUCCAUGGGGUAAAGCAAAUCCCAUCUCCAAGACUCCAAUGCUCUUGCCUGCCUCCAAGACAACGGUUUCCUUGCCCUCCUCCAUCUCCCUCUCUUCAGCACCUCCAAAUACAAGCAAACGAUAUUUAAUGCAAGGCUUAGUGUGGCUUGGAGACGUUGCUUCUCUACAAAUACAUUGUGCGCCAUGAACGGCGACCUGAAGACGCUAAGGUAAAGAACUGCGCACAUGCAACAUCUAGAGCUGGAUUGGCUGAAAGGUUUGGAGUUCUCCGUCUCUGUUUGGCUGAUUAACUGUGAGAUUCUUCUCGAUGCUGAAGUGGUUCAAUCUUCUGGAGUACUAGGAGAGAGAGUAAAGGUAGGCAAGCUUCAACGAUACUGCCACAAAAAAAUACAGCUUUCGUAAGAGCGCAAAUGAGUAGCGGUGAGGAAUACAACACUGCAUUUGCAGCCACAAUUGCCGCGACAGCCUAUGCAAUCGCCAUGCGAGAAGAGAAGCUAGCAGCUCAGAAGAAGCAUACUCCCGUUAAGGGGCCAACUGCUGCGACUCCUGUCCAGCCACCAAUCAAGAAGGGUGAAAGCAUUAGAAAGCCUACAGGAAGCAGCAAGAUCUCAAGCUGGUUCAGUGGCAAAGAGCCUGUAGAAGAUGACUACGAGGGACCAGUCAAUGUGUCGGUAAGGAGGCCACUGAAACCAGCAGAGAGAAAGCCUGAAGGCACAGGUUCAGAUAAGAAAGUGCCACUGCCACUGCCACCAAAGAUGUUUGAUUCUGCUACAACUGUGAAGAAGGCUUCAAGUUCAUCCAGAAAAUCACCAGAGAAGAAAGGGAGCAAGAGGUUUGAGCAGGAUCAGGCAAUUCAGAAGGCACCAUCUGCUGUCAGGCCAGCAACAUCAUAUCAGUCGAGGCGUAAUGACGAUGGCACUGCUGGAGUAGCUGCUAUUGCUGGCACACAAACCAAGGCUGAUGCAUGGGAGAAGGCAAAGCUUGCAAGAAUCAGGGAGGAGUACGAGAAGAUGAUUGACACCAUAGCUGAAUGGGAGACUGAGAAGAAGGUGAAGGCCAAGCGCCAAAAAGAACAGAAAGAGAUUGAGUUGGACAAAAUGAGAGCGAGGGUGCUGGAAGAAUACAACAAGGAAAUGGCAAGGGUCAAUAAAAUUGCCGGAGGAGCAAGGACAAUGGCAGAGGAAAGGAAAUAUAAUGACGAGAAAAAGAUCAGAGAUAAGGCGAAGAAGAUUCGGUCUACAGGAAAGCUUCCCCGCGGAUGCUGCUUUUGAGAAAUAUUCCCAUACGAUGAAAUUGAAAUGAAAUGAAGGUCGCGUGUUGAAGGUCGCAUAAGCCUCGCAAUAGCCGUGUAUUGCAUGAUAAACUGUAUUUGGUUUGAUGAUUGAUAAUUGUAUAGACUUGCAUCCAACAUGCAACAAAAUAGCACAUUCUACUAGAAGCAGCAUAAACAAGUUUGAAGGAUGUGGAUGAAGAAAAGAAUAAGAAAUUAUCUGUGCAUAGAUCUUCAAGAUGAAGUAUGAAUAUAGUCAUUGCAAUGGAACAAA